AUGAGUGAUUCUAAGUACUUUGUCAAGUGCAAGGCGUCCGAGCUUCGUGCCGAGUUGGAGCAGGCUUGCAAAAAGCUGAAACCACAGCCUCGCAUCAAAGUGGUGUUGAAGAAAGUGGUUGCCAACAUCAUCCUCAAUAAGUCCGAGUUGGCAUCAUUAAUGCUGGAUAUCGUGGAAUUGAUGGCUGUGGAUGACUACGAGAUUCGUCGUUUGUGUUCUCAAUACGUGGUGCACUUUGCAGCUCUAAAUGUGAAGCCUGCUUUAUUUUCCCUCAGUUUCUACGCCAGAUUCUCUGAGGAUCACAACCCAGCACUCCGGGCCUUGGCUGUCAAGACAACUACUUCCGUCAACUUGAAGGAAUUUAUCAACAUGGGCUUUUCUUUAGUGAAAAGGCUUCUCCAGGACAAAAAUCCUCAUGUACGGACAGCUGCAGCAUUUAGCGUAGCCCGGCUCUUCCAGUAUGACCAAAACAGGACAGUCUCUGAGGGAUUGGUGGACGAUUUGAACGAAUUAUUAUACGACGAAAACCAAAUGGUGGUUAUGUACACUUUGGCUGCAUUGAACUCGAUUACAGAAAGUUCUUCAACGUUGAAUUUGGCUAUCGAUAAGAAUCAUUCUCUUACUUUAACCAAGGGAUUAGCUAAUGCGAACGAAUGGAGACAAGUAUAUUUGCUAAAUGCUUUAAUGGCAUUUGUUCCACAGACAACUCAAGAGGCACUGACAUUGCUAGAAGCUAUUCUUCCAUGCUUGAAACACGAGAAUUCCGCUGUGGUUCUGAAUGCGACGAAGGUAAUUGUUUACUUGAGCAAUUAUAUCCGCAAUCCUGAGCAUGUUUUCCCUUCAUUGGCGAAAAGAUUAGGGUCAUCGCUUGUCUCAUUACUCUACAAACCUUACGAAGUCCAGUUUUUAGUCCUUCGUAACGUCAUCUUGAUUUUACUUGGUAAGAGGUAUUUACUUGACGUGGAUGUUGAGCAAUUCUUUUGGAAGUUUGACGACCCAGUCUAUGUCAAGGAUACAAAGCUUGAGAUCAUCUACUUGCUUGCCGAUGAAUCUAAUGUUGGUGUUGUGUUUGGGGAACUUGAAGAAUAUGCUACAGAAGUAGAUGUGCACAUGGCUAGAAAGGCUAUUCGUGCCUUCGGAAAUUUAGCAGUAAAAUUGGAAGUGGCAGCUUCACAGUGUGUGGAAAUUUUGAUUGAUUUGAUAUCGCAUGACAUCCCUUACGUUGUCCAAGAAGUAGCUAUUGUUCUCAAGAAUAUUCUUCGGAAAUAUCCUGGAAUGUUUGAUUAUGCGAUUCCAAAAAUUGCUCUGCAUUAUAUACUUAUGGAUGAGCCUGAUGCAAAGGUAGCAAUCUGUUGGAUAAUUGGCCAGUAUUCGGAGAAACUUCCAAUUGCGGAGCAAGCACUCAACUAUUUUGUCCAAACUUUCAGUGAAGUACCCACGGAAGUGCAAUAUGCAAUUAUUACAGCUGUGGUGAAAUUCUAUAUCGAACUCCCUGUAAAAGGUGAACCGCUAGUUCUCAAGGUCUUAAAGCAUGCUACAGAAGAAAGUGACAACCCGGACUUGAGAGAUCGUGGUUAUUUUUACUGGCGUAUGAUCACUAAUGAAGCUAACGGGGGUACGGAUGGUGACUUUCAAAAGCUAACAAAGGAGGUUGUUAUCAAUGUGGAUCCACUGAUUACCUCUGAAAGUGACAACAUAGAUCCAACUAUUCUUGAAGAACUCGAACUUAGCAUUGGAACGCUUGCAUCUAUUUACUUGAAAUCUGUUCAUCAUGUGUUCCGGCUCUGGAAACGUCGUCUGUUGCCAGGCUCACCAGCCUUGCAACCAAGACGAAAAAGUGCUCCUCCUAUACCUACGAACAGAGCAACAAAUCAGGCCCUAGAGGUACCUCGAAGCCAUAGGCACAAACCAUUACCGAUGGUUCAACGUAAUAAUAGCUCGGCCAGUUAUCUCACCAAUCGGUCCUCCCCAGCCCUGCAUGAAUUUGAGAAUGAGUUUGCGAAGAAGCCAAGCCUUGGCCAGAAGCUCUCGCGAAAGGCUUCUCAGAUUACAAGCCGCAAAAAUUCGAAGCAUUGA